AUGGAGCAGAACGUCUCGAUUACGAACGUCUCGAUUACGACUCUGAAGGAGGCUACGGGCCUGGACGAUCGAUCCAUCCUCUUCGUCCCACUCCUCUUUGCGGUGUACUUCGUGACUGUUGGUCUUGGAACAGCCAUCGUGGCACGGCACACAAAACAAGCCAGAAAGGCGAGGGAAGCCCAAGAAGCCGGCCCAACUGUGCUGGGCAAUAAGAGCUCCACCGAUGCAGAUGCAGACGCGCUACUGAGCCCGCGCCGAGGAAGGGCGGGGACGUGGGCCCGUCUGGGCCGCAAAAAGGCGGUUCAGAUCUCCUUCGCGUGCACCUACAGUAUUUGCAUGUUUGCCACGCUGGUGAGCCUUGCAACAGGUAGCCUGUCCAAGAGGACGGGUCUGUAUUGGGAGUGGUACCUGAGACUUCUCAGCCUCGCUUGCCUGUGGCACUUGCUUCAGGCCCUGUCUCUACCGAAAGAGCACGAAUAUCCCCGGAUGGCCUUCGCUGACGCAACGCUGGCGGGCAUGGUGCCCUUCAUGUCGGACAACUUUGACAUGCUGAAGGAUAUCAUCUUCGGAGGACUCUGCUGGCAGUCGGACUGGUUCGGCGUCAAAGCCAUGGCGUGGAUAAGCUGGCUGUACAUCCCAGCAUUCCACGCCUACCUUCUUCAGCAAGAGAGCGUGCUCAAUGAACUCGCUAGUCACGUCCUCUCGAUUUGGACCAUGGCGACGGAGACUGAAGAUGGCCGGAGGCAACAGCGCGAACGGCCCGACGGGACGGAAGGCCCCAAGAAAAAUGGCUGCUUCAGAAAGAUGUGGCAGGACAAGGUGUGGCUUCCCAUCCUCUACCGACAGACGACGCCCACGAAGCAGCAGAUGCUGCUCGUGGAGAACGCCCCGCAGGCGAUCAUGGCGGUGCUGUACACAGCAGCAGAAGGUGGCAGCGUCAUCGUGUCGGUGCUGAACAUCGCCGUGCCGAUUCUUCAGGUAUUGGGAUCCAGGGCUCUCUUCCCACGCCUUCGGGAAGCCAUGGUGCCCUGGUACGUGAAGAAACUCAAGUCCGCCAUCCAAGACGAGGAUAUGUUGACCCUGGGAGGACUCUGGAAAGAGGCCGACUUCGACGAGGCUCCAAAGCUGCUGGCUCAUGUCGCGCGUGGCCUCUCCGUCUUCGAUGGCGAGCCUGAGCUCCUGGACCGGUUGGAGUCCAUGCCAGGGGACAAGAGCAGGGAAGUACGGUACAUCCAGCUCCUGAAGGAGAUGCUGAUGCUGGCAGCCUCCAAGGGCACGCGCCUUGUUCUGGACGACCGAGACAUGCGCGGCGAUGCUUUGGAGUUCCAGGUAAAUCUCUCCAGGAACGACCUCGGAGCAGAGGAGGGUCAGGCCCUGGCCGCCAGCAUCGCUGCCAACGGCUCCAUCAUCGACCUGAAGCUGUCGGGAAACUCUUUUGGGACCACCGGCAUGCAGGCCCUGGCUGAAAAAGCCUUGCGCAUUCAAAGCCUUCGGCACCUCGACGUCGCUGGCAACGGCCUGGGUGCGGCUGGCUUGCAGGCCUUGGCAGAGGCUUUGGCUGAGACUUCCCUGCUGGAGUCUCUGGACGUGGGCUCCAACGAUCUUGGACCGGAGUGCGCUGAGGCCCUGAAGACGGUCCUCAGCAUCGCGACUCUGACGGACUUCCGAGCCGACCAGAACACCUUGGCGGGUGCAGUUGCAAAGGCCGUCGCCGCAGCCCAGCGCAAAGAAAGCCUCCGCCAGCUGAGUGUGGCCGGCAACGACCUGGGCACAGCGGGCUUCCAGGCCUUGGCAGAAGCACUGGUCAAGACGGAGACGCCUGUGGAGAUUAUCGAUGUUGGAUCCAAUAGAAUUUUGGAGCUCUGUUCCGAGGCCUUGCAGAAGCUUCUCUGUACGAAGACCCUCAAGCAUUUCCGUGCUGCCCACAACGCCUUGCGGGAUGUGGGGGCCAAGGUCGUGGCAGAAUGCCUUGACUCUGACCGCUGCGCGAUCGAACGACUGAGCCUCGUGGCCAACGGCAUUGGCGCAAAUGGGUUGCAGGCUCUGGCCUCCAUUCGGCGACGUGCAGCCGUUCAGCUCCACAUCUCCGGAAACCUUAUGAACCUAGACUGGGGCCCACGAGCGAAGGCCAGGCUGAUGGACGUGGUGGUGGCACACGAUGACAAGUCGACUGAUGCUGUUGACAAAGCCCAGGAGGUGCGGCAGGCUCUCCGAGAUGGCCAAGUCGAGAUCUUUUGGGGCAAACGAGCGGAUUGCGAGGAGCUGGCUGCGGCCUUGCAGGGCCAGUCUCGGCUGCAGGUCUUACAGGUCUACUCGGGUAAGGAUGUCGAGGCGGCCGUGUUGGAGGCCCUCAAGAGCCACGUCGCGCUGAAGAGCCUCGUACUCUGGGAACCCGACGGCUCGCUGUCGGAGGUAGGUGUUUGA